UUUAGUUUUCGUAUAAUUUUCAGUCAUUGCAGUUUAAAAACUGAAUUCGUGAAAAAGUUUUAAUUGGAAAAUUUGCAUAUUUGAGUGUAAAAAUUGAUUGUUUGCAAAUAUAUUGGAACUGAAUAUUUUGAGCAAGCAUAAAAAAAACUGAAAGUAAACAUCCCAAAAAAUAAAAGCAUUGUUUUAAGUGAACAAACAAUUAAAACUUCAAAUUAAUAUUCACAAAAAAAAAUAUAAAAUAAAAUAUGGAUUCACGAAAAAUUGACACAAGAGGAGAAAGUGCAGCUCGCCUAGCGAGGAAUAUUGCAUGCGUUAAAUAUACGCUUUUUUGCUUCAAUAUAGUUGCAUGGUUAUGCGGUCUCGGCUUAUUUGCCUUCACAAUUUGGAUUCGUGUGGAGCCGGGUUUUGAAGAAUGGAUACGAAUUCUUGACGUCUAUUCAUACUACAUUGGUGUUUACAUUCUCAUUGCACUUGCAGUUUUUGUACUUGUCGUUUCAUUCCUUGGAUGUUGUGCGGCAUUAGUUGAGCAUGGACUUGGACUGAUGAUUUUCACAAUUCUACAAAUAAUUUGCUUUUUACUUGCAAUCUUCGGUACUGCAAUCUUAUUGGAACAUUCAACAUACGAAUCCCGAAUUCAGCCAAUGAUUCGUUACACAAUGAACAAUUUGAUUAUGUAUUCGGAACAUGAGCCACAAAGGACAAUGUUGAGGAUGAUUCAAGAGAGUGUUGCAUGCUGCGGAUCGGAAGGACCAAACGACUACUUAAAUCUCCGUCAACCAUUGCCGAUUGAGUGUCGCGAUACUAUCACCGGACAUGCUUUUGCUAAUGGAUGUGUUGAUGAACUGACAUGGUAUUUGGAAGAUAAAUCUAUUUGGGCUGCCGCUAUGGCAAUGUCAUUGGCAAUGAUCCACGUUAUAAAUGGAGUUUUGGCAAUCAUCCUGAUGCAAGCGUUGAGGCGGGAAGAGCAAAUAAUGUAUCGUCGAAAUUAGGUUAUCGCCAGAUUUAAACAGAAAAAAAAAAUUAUGUAGCGGGAAAUGACCCAAUUUUUUGUACUGUGUGUAUUUGUACAUCCAGUGAGAAGAUAAACAUUUCAGGCAUUUAAGGAAAUUUUAUAUAAUUUUUUAACAGAACAGAUUUUUUUCCUCCAUUUCCGAGCAACAUCCUUUUUUUUGCUGUUGUAAACAUUAAUAGCAUUUCUAUGCUGCUCGGCUACCAUUCAUUUUUAUUAAUCUUAAAAUUUACAAUUUUUUUUUAUUAAAUAAUUCUUUUUUCGCGCGUAUGCAACAUUUCCCAUACGCGCGAAUUUAGAUCCAUAAAUUUAUAUCAUGAAUAAAUAUUUACUAGAUAUAAUAAAUACAAGCAACAAGAACAAUAACGUACUAUAAGUAACAUAGAAAAUAUGUAUAUUAUCGAGAUCGUGUCAUGUCGAUUUCCUUCCGCCAUGACCUCCAUUUUCAUCUUUUUUCCUCGACUUCCUUUUAAGAACAUUAAAAAAAAAUUCCUCCUCAGAAUACAUAAACAUACACAUCUACCCUUCAUUACUUCCUCUCUCUCUAUCUUUCUUCUCUUUUUCUACCACCGAUUUUAGUCAUUUGAGUUUAUUCAUGAUUCCUCCUCAAUCAUUCUGAAAAUAACAUUACCACGAGAAUUUUAGCAUGGUAUUAAAAAAGAAGAAAAUUGAUUUACAUUUUUUAAGGUAUGGAUGUUAUGGGCUGGAGAACUGAUGGAAUGAUUUUAAGUCUGAAAGGUUCUUUUAUGGUUCUUAAAUAAGAAUUCUAGAAUAUUCAAGAAUAUAAUAGCAUUUGCUGCUAAUGGAUUGUUGCUGAUCUUUUAACAAGUAGUGAGGCAACAGCUUUGGCUCUGGUCUUCUGCACCAACAAUGACAUUCUACCAAGAGGUUGUUUAUUUAUGACGUCCAGAAGGAAGGGUCAGCAAGGAAAGAAACAUUUUAAAUUCCUGGAAAUCCAUUGUUCUUUUUUGAAAAAUGACCGUUAAUUUCGGACUUUAUAAGUACUUAGUAAACGACCUCUUGGUAGAAUAUAAAGAUCCAGAUCAAGGCGUGGAAACUAUUCCAAAUAUCAUAUUUAUCCCACAUAUCCCAAAAAUAUUCAAAAAAUUCCAGAGCAUGUAUGCACGCUAAUAAAGAUAUCCCAACGUAUCCUUGGUGUAUUGGACGUAUAAUUUCAGGAUAUGAUG